UCAUAUGCGGCGGAAUAUGGGAGAAAUAUAUAUAACAGCCUAUCAAACAGACAAAGGGGAAACUUUGACUCGUCUGCAACAUCGCUCGCGGCUUGGAAAAAUGCAUUCUUUUGGGAAUCGUUUGAAUACUAUUCUUACAUUUUCUGGAUUACUGUUAGCUGUUCUGUGUAUACUUACUACAACAAUUUCCAGUAACUUCAAUGAAGAAGGUCCUCCUGUUAACGCUCAUGCUGAGGUUCUGAAAGUAAAUCGACUUAGGAAGCAGCUGAGUGGAAACGAUGAGGUCAUCUUAGCAUUGAACAUUUCGAUGGAUUUACGAUCAGCGUUUACGUGGAACACGAAGCAGGCUUUUGUCUUUGUAGCGGCUGAGUAUGAAACUGCUAAGAAUUCUGUUAAUCAGGUCUCAUUGUGGGAUCACAUAAUUUUGGACAAGGACCACGCCAAUAUUCAAACCCAGGUCACCACCAAGUAUUCCUUGAUAGAUCAGGGAAGCAAUCUUCGUGGUAAGGAAAUCAAGUUUGUGCUCCACUGGUAUGUUAUGCCAAAGAUAGGUAAAACAAUUGAAAAGCAGGUGGUAAUGUCUGACUUCCGUCUACCUGAAGCAUACACAUAGUAUGUCUUCCUGUUUGCAAUAGUCUUGUCACAGUUUUUUAGUUCAUUUAAGCAAUGUAGAAACUCCUAGAUUCUCUUGCUUUCCCCAUGUAGGGUUUUGAUCAUCCCCAUAGUGAGACGGGUAAAACAAGAAUGUUAACUGUUAUGCAUCACAGAUUCAGUGUAGUGUUGAUCAGUUCCAUGAACAGUUGAUCUCUCUCUUCUUUUUUUUGUUAAAAAAGAAAAAGAUAAAAAAGAACAGUUGAUCUCUUGUGCAUCACAAA